AGCCAGCUAGCAUUAGUUAUACUAGUGGUCUUUGGAAUGUUCUUUUGGAAUGGGCACUAACUAAAAUGACUUUUUUCACAAAAAUCAAAGUUUCUUUUUAAAUUUAAACAUUGUAUUUGAAAGAGCCAGUCAAAACAUUGUUCAUUAGACCUCUUGCUUCAUUGGUAAGCUUACUUAUAACUGCUUUAUCACCCUUAUUAGUGAUGAAUGAAAUUUACUAUUCCAUGCUCACUUACCAUACAAUUUCUCUGACAUGCUUCAUAUAACACUCUGCCCCGCCCACUUAAAAAAAUCUUACAGCAAUCAAUACUAUUGUUAUAUGUCAACUAGUAUUGUAGCCACAAUGUAAGAUCAGUUAUUGUGAUUGGCUGUAAAAACGGCUCAGGUCACGUGUUCAGCGUACGCUCUUAAAAGUUCCGCCUGGGUUCGUUAGUAGCGGACGUUAGCCUUUUGUGAAUAUUUAUGUUCUGUAAAUUUAUAUUUUAUUAAUUUUAUUAGAAACUGUUUCCCCGGUGUUGUACGCAAUGAAUGUGAGCUGGAUUUUCUUCACCUUCCUGCUUCUGAUACACACAGUGCCGGUGCAGAGUGUUGAAGGUUUUAUAGGAGAAUCCGUGAUCUUACCGUGUACGUUCGCACAGAAUCCGCCGGUUGUCUUUUGGCGAGACGAAGGCACCAGGACAGUGUGUGACAUCAGUGGUGGUGAAGCCAGUUUCGAUGAGCAGCAUUCAAACUAUAAACACAGAGUUCAAAUAUUUCCAUCAAAAAUUAAGGAGGGGAAUUUUUCCAUCAAGCUGAGCAACUUGCAGCACUCUGAUGGAGGAACGUACACCUGCACCGACCCAAGCAAAGGUCUUGACCAGCAAGUGCAACUGAAGGUUGAAGAGAAACCAACCACACCAGAGGGAAAGGGGAGACGAGUCACACCAGAAAGUACUUCCACACCAAGAAACGGUGAUUCCCCGAGACGUGCAGACGAUCUGUUAACGUUCCUGCUGGGAUGUGCUCUGCUCUACAGCUUAACCUUCUGAAGAAAACCGCAAGCUCCGUGUGUGCAUUAUCUUCACAUACAGGCAUCACAGCAAUGUCUUUUACAGAUUUCUGCUCGGUUUAUAAUGUGUGUAUUUGUUUUGCAGAGUUUUGCGGUGUAGUACCCAGUGUUUACAAAAAGUAGAAUGUCAUCAGCUGUGCAGAAGGUCAUUGUGUUGUGUUAUAGCUUUAGAAACACUUUACUCAGCACAUUACUGUAUUUACUCUUAUACACUCCUCCUUCUUCUAUCCAUUUUCAUGGGUCACAAUUUUGACACAGGGCCACAAAACUAUAUUUUAUACAGGAACAGUGUGCUUCAUUGACAUUGCACUUAUACUAUAUCUAUAUAUCUAUACACACACG